CGAAUUAAAAAGAGCAAAUAAGGAAAAGUGGCCUCCAACCAACACCUACCUUCUUCUCCUUCUGCUUCCUCCCUCCUUUAUAUUUCUCAUUCCCUUCUCAUUUCAGCUUCAGGGCUCAAGAGUACCUCAAGUACCCACAUUGAGUCCUUCAUCGUACUCUCCUUCUUCUUCCUCUCCCGUUUUCCUCUUUUAUUGGCUCGAUCUGACUGUCGAUACCCAGAACUGUACAGAAAUCGACAAGUAAAGCAAAAUUAAACGAUGCCGCCGCCGCCGGACACUAGCAAAACCUUAAAGCUUGAGCGGUAUAACAGUUACAUCCGCAGGAUUCACAGUACCAAGCUCUUAAAUGCUUCGUCGAAGCUUCUAUUUCGUGUUACUCUGCUCAUUGCUCUUGUAUUGAUCUUAUUCUUCACUAUUAACUACCCGCCGCUCUCCGAUAAUCCCGGCCAUCACCACCACCAUGCCCACCCUCACAGCUUCUUAUCCACCGCUCUUUUUUCUUCAUCCCUCGGUGGUGCCGCUUGGGAGAAGCGGGUCCGUCACUCGUCUACACCUCGCCGGCCCAACGGGUUCUCGGUUUUAGUCACCGGCGCCGGCGGAUUCGUCGGGUCUCACUGCUCCUUGGCGCUGAAGAAGCGUGGGGAUGGUGUUUUGGGGCUUGAUAACUUCAACGACUACUAUGACCCGUCGCUGAAACGGGCUAGACAGAAGCUUCUCGCCAAGCACCAAAUCUUCAUCGUUGAAGGGGACUUAAACGACGCCGCUUUGCUCACAAAACUUUUCGACGUGGUGCCUUUCACCCACGUGCUCCACCUGGCGGCGCAGGCCGGCGUUCGUUACGCCAUGCAGAACCCACAGUCGUACGUGAGCUCCAACGUGGCGGGAUUCGUCAGUCUGCUUGAAGUAGCGAAAUCGGCUAAUCCUCAGCCGUCGAUCGUGUGGGCCUCUUCCAGCUCCGUUUACGGCCUAAACACAGAGAAUCCUUUCUCCGAGCUUCACAGAACCGAUCAACCGGCGAGCCUCUACGCCGCCACGAAGAAAGCUGGCGAAGAAAUCGCCCAUACUUACAACCAUAUUUACGGGCUUGCCCUAACCGGACUCAGAUUCUUCACCGUCUACGGCCCUUGGGGUAGACCCGACAUGGCUUACUUCUUCUUCACCAAAGAUAUCCUACAAGGCAAAUCGAUUGAUGUCUACCAGACCCAUGACCAGAAGGAGGUGGCGCGUGACUUCACCUACAUUGACGACGUCGUGAAAGGGUGCCUCGGAGCGCUGGACACGGCGGAGAAAAGCACCGGAAGCGGCGGCAAGAAAAGAGGACCCGCUCAGCUCAGAAUCUACAAUCUCGGCAACACUGCGCCGGUUCCGGUGGGAAGACUGGUAUCUAUCCUCGAAGGUUUGUUGAACACGAAGGCGAAGCGCCACGUAAUCACCAUGCCCCGAAACGGCGACGUUCCGUACACGCACGCCAAUGUGAGCUUGGCGUUCAGAGAUUUCGGAUACAAACCGACCACCGAUUUGGCGUCCGGGUUAAGAAAAUUCGUCAAGUGGUACGUUAGUUAUUACGGGAUUCAUCCGAGGGUAAAAAAGGAAAUUGACAACACCGACGAUUCCGCCUAGAUGCCAGAACAUCACCACAACCAUUCACCACCAUCAUCACAUGCUGGUUUUUAUUUUUAUUUCCUUUUUUUUUUUUUUUUCUUUUUUCUCUUCGAUAUAAUUUUAAUUUUAAUUUCUCUUGAAUUUGAUUGGGUAUCUAUUACUAGAGUUGUUGAUGGCCGUUGGAUCAAAUUGUAUCAGCAGCUGUUAUUUGAAGAUUGUAGCAUAUAGAAAUAGAUUUGGGUAUAGAAGAUAAAACUGUGAAGAGAGAAGUGUUAAGGGAAGAUGAAAA